AUGGAACAGGAUGAUGCGGUUCAAACCGCAGUGUUACCAGCUGGAACCAUUCCAACCACAGUGUUACCGACUCAGGAGGGGCUGGGUAACAAUGAGACCGGACUUCCAGUGGAUCCGAUCCUUCCUACUGAGACUCGUGUGAAUGCUGAGGAUGGUCAGCAAUGGCAAGUUCAAGAGGAUGAUGCUGCGUCCUCCGAUGCAGAGGAUGAGAAUAACCUGGGCAUUGAUACAGAUAAUGAUGGGGUUGAUGGUGUUACUCCUCCGGUUCGUGUGGCUGCUCAAGUGACUGGUGUCCGUCCGAGGCAGGUAGCUGAGGUGGUUGAAAUCGACCCACCAGCUAGGCCUCUCCAACGUAUGGAUUACCUGAAGGUUCUGGAGCACAUCUCCAAGUUGGGGACUAAACACUUUGCGGGAAGUGUUGAUCCUAUGGAGGCAGAUGAGUGGAGGAGUCGGUUGGUUCGCAACUUCCGCUCAACUCGUUGCCCUGAGGAUUACCAGAAGGAUAUUGCAGUGCACUUCUUGGAAAGUGAUGCACACAACUGGUGGUUGGCUCUUGAUAAGCGUACCAAUGGCAUCAUUGAACGCUUUGCUGAUUUUGAGGUUGAGUUCAACCACAAGUACUUUCCAGCAGAGGGACGCAGGACGGUCGGUGAGUAUGAGAAAGAUUUUAACCGGCUGAGGCGUUAUGUGGGCAAAGAACUGGAGGACGAGGCAGUACAGGUCCGUAGGUUCAUCAGAGGCCUUAGGGCCGAGCUCCGGACCUAUUGCUCAGUCCGCACUUUCCACAUUGUUUCUGAGUUGGUUGAGAGGAUGGCUAUGCUGGAGACCAAUCUCGCAGAGGAGGUUAAGCAGAAAGUGAAGGGUGUGGUUGUAUCCACGGCUCAGGGUAGUGACAAGAAGAGAAAGAGGGACUCGGCUGAGGAGGGUAAAACCUUAAGUGGUAGGUCUGAGUGCUCUAAGUGUGGUCGAUACCAUGGUGGUGAGUGUUGGAAAGCCAUGGGAGCCUGUACUCAUUGUGGUAAGAUGGAUCACUCUGCCAGGGACUGUCCUAGUCCGACAAGUGACUCCAGGACUUGUCACCACUGCGGCCAGAAGGGACACUACCGUAGGGACUGCCCUAAGAUGCAGAGGGGUCAGAGUAAGGGGCGUGCAGGGGCAAGCAAGCCGGUCCAGAAUAGGGGCCAGACCUCAGCACCGCGUGUGUACGAGCUGUCCAAAGGUAGGGAUGAGGCUCAGCCUUACAAGGCGAUCACUGGGACCUUAAGUAUUGGUGCUGUGGAAACACUUGGUACUUUUCGAUACUGGAGCUACACACAGUUUUGUGAGUCCAGAUAUGAUCGAAAAGGGCCGAUGCUUGUAGAUCUGAUUGUUGUCCCCCUAAAGAAUCAUGAGGUAAUCUUAGGUAUGGACUGGCUUGGAAAGUAUCGGGCAACUCUUGAUUAUCACCGGGGAAGAGUGCAAUUUGAGAAUGAGUUUGGACCGCCGAUCAAGUUCCAAGGGAUAAAGCCGACCUCUUGUUGUUUGGUGGUUUUAGCAAUCCAGGUGGAAAGGAUGCUUGGAAAUGGUUGUGAGGCCUUCUUGGCUACCAUUUACACCGAUGAGGUCGUAGGGGGUGGUGACCCGGAUGGGAUACCGGCUGACCCAUUUGUAAUAGAACUGGAGCCAGGAACGACCCCAUUGUCCAAAAGUCCAUAUAGAAUGGUUCCGGCUGAGAUGGCUGAGCUGAAGAAGCAACUUGAGGAGUUGCUUGAUAAGGGUUUCAUACGCCCUAGUAUAUCACUUUGGGGAGCACUAGUCCUAUUUGUGAAAAAGAAGGAUGGUAGCUUCAGGAUUGAUGAGUUGUUGGAUCAAGUCCGUGGAGCAAAGUGGUUCUCCAAGAUUGACUUGGCCUCUGGAUAUCAUCAGAUUCCAGUUGCGCAAGGUGAUAUAAGAAAGACCGCGUUCCGAACCAGGUACGGCCACUAUGAGUUUGUGGAGUACUUGGAUGAGUUUGUGAUUAUCUUUAUAGAUGAUAUACUCGUUUACUCUAAGACCAAGGAAGACCAUGAGAGGCAUCUUCGGGCAGUGUUGGGACGCUUGAGGGAGCAAAAACUCUUUGCUAAGUUGAGUAAGUGUAGCUUUUGGCAGAAUAACAUUGGUUUUCUUGGACACACGGUGUCUGAUCAAGAAGUGCCGGUGGAUCAAGAAAAGAUCAAGUGUAUACGGGAAUGGCCUCAGCCAAAGAAUGCUACGGAAGUACGAAGCUUCUUGGUAUUGGCCGGCUACUACCGGAAAUUUGUCAAGGGGUCUCGAGCAUAG